AUGUUCCAAUCCAACAAACCGUAUUCGGCAGUGACCGUACAAAUUGAGGUCCUUACUAGCGAACAAUAUGAAGUCGAAGACUCAAGCGGUAUCGUCGAUCUAGUGGAAGUAGUUCGCAUCCAGGCCAGCGGCCCUAUGGAAGCAAGUCGGGCUCUUCGCAAGAAGCUAAAAUACGGCAACAUUCAUCGACAACUUCGCGCACUUACUAUUCUCGACUUCCUGGUCCAAAAUGCAGGAGAACGUUUCUUACGCGAUUUCGCCGAUGAGGCAUUGCUCGAACGUCUGCGAAUUGCAGCUACUGAUUCUGUUUCAGAUCCGCUCGUCAAACAGAAAUGCAAACAGAUUUUUGGACAAUGGGUGGCAACUUAUAAAGACACUCCUGGUAUGGCAAGAGUCACAGCGCUAUACAAGCAACUUCCCAAGCGAAAGCAGCCUGCGACGCAGGCAAAGGCCAAGGUUCUCCGGGAGGGCUCAACUGCGAAUCCAAACGACCCCCCCAAUGGGCCAUGUUGUAUCCGUCAAAAGCCCAAGAAAGUCAAGAAAGAUAAGAAACUAUCAAUUAGCGGCAAGAGGUUUGAUUUGGAAAAAGAGCGCCCGGAGAUCUUGCAAGCGCUUGCUGCCUCUUCCGUUGCUAGCACCAACUUGUUGAAUGCCCUUAAACUCGUCAACCGCGAGACGCAUCGAGUGAGUGAGGAUGCAGAAUGCAUCAACCGAUUCGACACCUGCAAACAGCUUCGUCAUGGAAUCCUUCGAUAUAUCCAGUAUAUAGAAACCGAGGAAUUCCUGGGCGGUCUGAUCCAUGCAAACGAUGAGCUGGUGGAUGCAUUGAUGGCAUUCGAGGUGCUAGACAAGAGCGUGGACUAUGACAGUGAUAGUGAGGACGAAGGUCUGGAAGGCAAUUGGAAGCAAAAACAUGGACUUGGAUUGGAUGACACGGACGUGAAUGAUGGCCUUGCCGGACUUAAUAUCAAUCCCUCAAAGCCGCCACGGCCGAGUCGUCCUGAUAGCCUGCCCCUUGCAUCUUCGUCGCAACACACACGCCCGAUCUUUGAGAGCGAGAGUGAGUCGGAAGAAGAGGAUGAUGAAGACAAUCCCUUUGGGGACAAGAAUGCCAUUAAGACCCCAGCCAUUGAGAAACCUCAACAUACUUGGAAAGAAGUCUGA